AUGGAUUUGUUCGAACCUGUACGUGAUACGCUGUGCCAGCAAAAUUUUUGUCGGAUUAAGAAUGCAAUCUCCGGAGCUAGAAAUAGUAAACCAACACGUGCACGAGUUUCUAUGAUGCCCAUUGGGACCCCAAGGGUGCCCUACAGAAAUCCAACUGAGGGAACGUGGCAGUGGGUUGAUUUGUGGAAUGCUCUUUACCGUGAUCGUGUUAUUUUCAUUGGCCAACACAUAGAUGAAGAAUUUAGCAACCAGACAUUGGCAACAAUGUUGUACCUUGACAAUAUUGAUCAUUCCAAAAAACUCCACCUGUAUAUCAAUGGCCCUGGUGGUGAUCUAACUCUAAGCAUGGCCAUCUACGACACAAUGCAAAGUUUGAAAAGUGUUGUUGGCACCCACUGUGUGGGCUAUGCCUACAAUCUUGUCGGUUUUCUUCUUGCUACAGGAGAAAAGGUCAAUCGAUUUGCAAUGCCUCUUUCAAGGAUUGCACUACAAUCUCCUGCUGGAGCUGCACGCGGACAGGUUUGUCUGCAUGAAGCAGAUGAACUUCUCAGAAUUAGAGAUUACCUUUUCAAGGAAUUGGCUGAGAAGACAGGCCAGCCUGUUGAAAAGGUAUAUAUUGCCUUCAUCUGGAUUUGGAUAUUUUGUUUUAAGAGAAAAUGAAACAUACCUUAAAUAUAACAUAUCAGUUACACAUGAUCUCCCUAAAUUUAAGAUUCUUUUCUCUUUCUUUAACAAUUACCCAUAUUUGUACUUACCCACCGUAAAAAUUCUCCCACAGAUACCCAAAAUCUUUCUAACCCAAAAAUCUCGCUUACUCACGUCUCUUCCAAUGUUUUUGAUAUCCGAUUUCUCUCUUUCAAUCAUACACUGUUAUAAUUCCAAAAUUGCAGAUUCUUUCCUCUUCCAAAGCUUUUGAUAUCUGAUUUCUCUCUUGUUUUCUUAUUUUCUAAAAUCUAUAUUGUAUGUCACUUGUAUAUGACACAUCAAUAGCCAAAAUAAUAUUUGAUACAAUACUAAUACAAUUAUAGUACGAUUAUAUUAGAUUUUUACUGUAGAAUUGUGAUUGAAACUUGAAGAAGAUGAAGAUCAUAAUCGAGUCACAAUUUUUCGUAAAUGUAUCACGAUUGUAUUAUAAUUGUAUACGUAUCAUAAUUGUUGAAGGGAUUGUAUUAUAAAUGUAUGAUAAUUAUAUAUUCAUUGUAUAUUAUAACGAGCAAUUGUGAGUUCGUGAAGAA